AGGGAAACCUAUUUCCUUGCAACUGAACCCCAUUCAUGCUGAUGUGGUCUUGGGUCAAAUGGUUUUUGCUAUGGACAGCUGCUUGGACAGCUGCUGCUAGCUGUCAGAGAGAAGACUCCAGCUGCCUAGAGGAAGUUGAGGCGGAGGUCCUGUUUUUACAGGUACAGCAGAAUGUGACGCAGAUGAUAGAAACCUCGGGGCGUCAAGCAACCAUACUUGCUGACCAGGUGAAGCACAUGCACAAUGUGCUGCAGAAUACGUCUUGGAGUGAACUGCUCCAAACAGCUCAGACGGUGAAAAUGGGCACCCAGAGUUUCGGCACCUUCCUCCUCGACGUCUUGCUGGUUGUGGUCAUCGUUAUCCUGCUCUUUGCGUGUGGGGUUUGGUCCUGUUGCAGAGGUAUGUUUGCCUCCCUGCUAAGCAGCUCAGCUCCCAAAGAAGAAGAUGGCAGGGGCUCGAGCGGACGAGCGGAGCGCAGUAGACAGGAGCCCAGCUUCUCGCAGUCGCAGGUGGCGGAAAUUCCCAAGAUCUGUCAACGAUACGUGGUGCCCAGCAGUGAGUCGCACUUCUCUGUGGACAUGAACGAGGUCAUGGACACAGGUCGUUCAUCCUUUGCCAUCAACAGCGCCAGUGGCACCAAGCUCCUUGAGGCCAAGCUUUCAGAGGGCCGAUUACUAUCGAUUAUUCCAGUGAACACCAAAGAUCCUGAAAUCAUGCUACGGGCCAGCUCGGGUGCGGCGGAUCCUUUGAUGCUGACCAUUACCGAUGGACGAGGAUCCUACCAGGGCAAGAUCGCCGCAGGACCUGCCGGUAGCGGUUUGAUCCUCUACCGGCUGCAGAAGCCGUGUGCUACCAUCACUGCAGAUAACGUGUCGAGCCUCAGCAUGCAAGUGUAUCCGUUGCUGGACAGCGUCAAAGACACCAUGGUGGCCUCCACCAUCCGAAAGGGAGACACCCUGAGGAUUCAGGUGUCGAUGAAUUAUGAUGGAUGUCUUUUCCUGGGAUGCAUGUUGGGCAUCAUCGUCCUUGAACCUCCAUUGAUCCAAAUGGCCGCGGGAUGAAGCAGCGAGAGCGCCGUCCCAGUGAUGAACCCGUCCGUGAAGUGCUCGCAGUGUAGAUCCCAACGGCACCAUGCUGUUUCCGGCCGGUGAUCACUGGAUAAUACUGGAUAGUUAUUGCGAAAGUGUGGAG